UCUUAUAAGUUUAAUGUAUUUUAUUAUUAUUUCCAGAUGAUAUUUAAGAUAAUAAUUUUAGCUGCGAGUCUGGUAAUAAGUAGCAAAAGUAUUCAAAUACAAACAAGUUCUAUAGGCACUCUGUACCGCUGGAGGCAGAUUGACUUUGAUUUUCCGACACCCCAACAUCGAGAGCAAGCUAUCCGGAACGGUGAAUUUAACCAAAUAAAUGUUAUACCUUUGGGAAUCGAGCGAUGGAGAAAUCGAGUAUUUGUAAGUACUCCGAGAUGGAAGAAGGGUGUACCAGCAACGUUAUCGGCUUUACCCGUUAUAGCCCGGACAGAGUCACCGUUGCUCGCACCCUUCCCGAACUGGGACUGGCACAAUGCAGGUAACUGUACAGGAUUCACUUCAAUAUUCAGAAUGAGUAUUGACCAUUGCGGAAUCAUGUGGGCCCUUGACUCCGGCCAGGUCGAGGCCUUUGAAACACCAAGACAAUUAUGUCCACCUACACUGUACGCUAUAAAUCUACAAACAGACACUGUGAUCGGCCGUUUCCCUAUCCCCAGUGAAUUCGUUUUACAAAACUCGCUUAUUACUAAUCUCAUCGUUGAUUCAAGAGAUGCACAGUGUAGAGACUUACAUGUUUAUAUUGCUGAUGCCUGGCGAUUUGGAUUAAUCGUAUUUAGAAGCUCUGACGCUGCCUUCUGGAGGUUUAGCCACUAUACGUUUUAUCCGGAACCAUUACUUUCAAAUUAUACUCUCCACGGCUUAAAUUAUCAAUGGUCAGACGGAUUGUUUGGCAUGUCCUUAGGUAAAUACCACAAUGGUGAUCGACCCCUAUUUUAUCACGCUAUGUCUGCCUCACGAGAGUUUGUUGUUAAAACUUCGGUUAUACGUGAUCCAUCACGUGUUAAUAACGCUGUGGAUGAAUUUAAACUUCUUAGUGAGAGUCGUGGUCCGAUGGGACAGGUUUCCGCCUCAGCUGUAGACCGCAAUGGAGUCAUGUUCUUCAACCUAAUUUCACUUGACAGCAUAGGAUGUUGGGACACGCGUGAUGAGUAUAAGGUUGACAAUUUAGACAUCGUAGCGUGUAAUAAUGUCACGAUGAUAUUUCCUAACGACUUGCGAAUUGACCAUGAAGUACCGCAGAUUGUGUGGGUUAUUACAAACAGAUUACCGAUGUAUCAGUUUAAUUUAAUCAAUCCUAAUGAUUACAAUUAUAGAGUAAUGUAUAUGGACCCAGUAAGCGCUGUUCGUAAUACUGUAUGUCAACCGAUUUAAUUUUUUUUUUAUAUAGUAUAUAUACAUAAUGAAUAUAUAAUAUCAGAAAUAAA